GGUUCCGCUUCCGCGAUUGGGCGUGAUGGAGUCGGUGCUGAGCGAAGUGGUGGCGUCGGAAGAUCUGGUGAGGUUUGAGAAGAAGUACAACACCGAGGCCAGCGCCGGCGACGUCUCCAAAGGGACCACGUUUGAGUACGCCUGGUGCCUUGUCCGCAGCAAAUACAGCGGGGACAUCAAGAAGGGUGUCGUGCUCCUGGAAGAUCUGUUGCCAAAAGGGAACAAAGAAGAAAAGCGGGACUAUGUCUUCUACCUCGCUGUUGCUAAUUACCGGCUGAAGGAGUACGAGAAAGCUCUGAAGUACAUCCGGACGCUGCUGAAGACGGAGCCGACCAACACGCAGGCCUUGGAACUGGAGAAGCUCAUCAACAAGGCGAUGCAGAAAGACGGCCUGGUCGGCAUGGCGAUCGUCGGCGGCAUGGCGCUGGGCGUGGCCGGGCUGGCCGGGCUGAUCGGCUUGGCCGUCGCCAAGUCGAAAUCGUAACCGGCUC